GGGGGUAAGUGGGGGAAGGGAGUUCGCCGAGUCUUGAAGUAUCAUCAUCGUGCAUGCAUUUUUGUUUUUGUAAAGUACCAAACCCUUCUCUCUUUGUUUUCUUUUCUUCUCUCUCUGUUUGCUUUGCUUUGCAUGCACAUGAUUUGUUUGCUCUCUCACCAUCGCCGAUUCAACUCUUUCAUCGUCAGAACUCCUCUUUCUUUCUCGAUUCUUUCCGCUAAUUUCGUUUCAAACAUCGUCACCUCAAAGUCUUAUAGCCGCAAAUAAUACAACAAAAUAAUUCAAAAAAAAAAUCAACAUGUUUUCUUUUUGCCGCGGUAUUCAACGCCGGUGAAGCAUCAGCUCUUUUUAUCUUCUUCAAAAGAAAAAAUUGUAGGAAUUAAGGUUGGAGCAUGGCGUCAAAGAGUUGCAUGAAUGGACUCUGCGGGGCGUCCACGUCGAUUGAGUGGAGAAAAGGCUGGAUUCUGCGAUCUGGAGAUUUUGCUAAUCUCUGCGAUAAGUGCGGGACUGCAUAUGAACAAGCUAUAUUCUGUGAUGUUUUCCACUCAAAGGAUUCUGGGUGGAGGGAGUGCACUUCAUGUGGCAAGCAUCUCCAUUGUGGAUGUAUUGCUUCCAUGUGCUUGCUUGAGCUUCUUGAUAGUGGGGGCGUCAACUGUACAAGCUGUGCUAAAAAGUCAGGAUUUAACUCUAUGAUUGAAGAUGAAAACCCUAAUGGUUUUGGAAUAGUGAACAGUGAUACUGGUCAAUUGCACUCAAUCUCUGCUGACAACCAAUUGAGUAGUGUGAGCAUUCGAAACCUAAAACUUUUGCAGUUGAGCAACAAUGCAGAGAGCAUGGGGCUGAGAGAAUUGCUUCAGCUUCACAACGAUGACUCAAGUGGGUCUUUGGGACAAAUGAAACAGGAGGAAGUUUUGCCUCCUGAAAGAGAAUUUGGAAGCACAUACUUGGCAAAUAUUAAUCAAUCAUCUAACAGAUCAGUUCAAGCUGUGAAACCUACCAUAUUUAAAGCAAAUACUUAUGAGUCACUACCACAAACAAACUUGAGUAUUUCUUUGGGUGGUUCAUUGGGGAACCAAAAUGUCUUUCCUGGUUCAGUUGUGGAUGAAAAGGGUAAGAUGUCUUCAGUCUUGCAACAGGUAUCCAAAUCUCGCCAUCUUCUGCCCAAGCCUCCAAAGCCUGUUCUCGCAACAGGUUGGGAGGUGAAUACUGGCAUGGUACCCCAGAUACGUGUUGCUAGGCCCCCAGAGGGACGUGGACGGAAUCAGUUGCUUCCUCGUUAUUGGCCCAGGAUUACAGACCAAGAAUUACAGCAAAUUUCUGGAGUUUCAAAUUCCACCAUUGUUCCACUGUUUGAAAAGGUUCUGAGUGCAAGUGACGCUGGACGGAUUGGUCGUUUGGUUCUGCCAAAAGCAUGUGCCGAAGCUUAUUUUCCCCCCAUAACUCAACCAGAGGGCCUUCCUCUAAGAAUUCAAGAUGUAAAGGGAAAAGAAUGGGUGUUCCAGUUCAGAUUCUGGCCUAAUAACAACAGCAGGAUGUAUGUUUUGGAGGGUGUGACUCCUUGCAUACAGUCUAUGCAGUUGCAAGCUGGGGAUACUGUAACUUUUAGCCGCAUGGAUCCAGAAGGGAAACUUGUUAUGGGAUUUCGUAAAGCAACAAACACUGCUUCAGUGCAGGAAACCCUACCAUCUGCCAUUCCUAAUGGCACUCUUUCAAGUGAAAGUUUCUUUUCGGGUGUUUUUGACAACCUGCCCAUAAUUAGUGGUUACUCUGGCCUUGUUCAGUCACUGAAGGGAAGCACCAAUCCCCACCUAACUGCACUGUCCAAACAUUUGAGUUCAGCUGGUGGUGGUAUUAGCUGGCAUAAAUCUGAUAAUCAUGGGGACAGGACAAGGGAGGGCUUUUUACUACCAUCUAUGUUAGCUCCAGAGAGAAAAAGAACUAGGAAUAUUGGUUCCAAAAGCAAGAGGUUGCUGGUUGACAGUCAGGAUGCUUUGGAGCUGAAACUUACUUGGGAAGAGGCACAGGAUUUGCUCCGCCCACCCCCAAGUAUCAAGCCAAGCGUUGUCAAGAUUGAGGAUCAUGAUUUUGAAGAAUAUGAUGAACCUCCAGUUUUUGGGCAGAGGAAUAUCUAUGCAGUCCGUUCAACUGGGGAACAAGAGCAAUGGGCUCAGUGUGACAGUUGUUCCAAAUGGAGAAGGUUGCCUGUCGAUGAUCUUCUUCCGCCAAAGUGGACAUGUGCAGACAACAACUGGGAUCAAAGCAGGUCUUCAUGUUCUGCACCAGAUGAACUCACCCAAAGGGAGCUAGAAAAUCUCCUUAGAUUAAAUAAAGAUUUCAAAAAAAGGAGAAUAUUAGCAUUCCAUAGGGCAAGCCAGGAGCAUGAAUCAUCUGGUUUGGAUGCUUUGGCUAAUGCUGCAAUCCUUGGAGACAAUGCAGAUCAUUCAGGCACUAUGUCAGUGGCAACUACAACUAAACACCCAAGGCAUCGUGCUGGUUGCUCUUGCAUUGUGUGCAUCCAGCCUCCAAGUGGGAAGGGAAAACACAAGCCCACAUGCACAUGUAAAUUGUGCAUGACAGUCAAACGUCGUUUUAAAACCCUCAUGAUGCGCAAGAAGAAACGUCAGUCAGAGCGAGAAGCAGAGAUUGUUCAGAGGAAUCAGCAAGCAUGGGGUCCCAGAGAAGAAGCAGAACUAGACAGCAGCUCUAAACUUAUAUCAUCUCAACUUGAUCCUUCAGAGAAUGAAGCUAGGUCAGUUAAUGAGUUAGAAUAUUCAAACAGCCAGAUCAACAACCUACCCCACAAAUUGGUUGAAGCUAACAAAGGAGGGAUAGACUUGAACUGCGAUCCUGAUCGUGAGGAUGAUUCACAAUUUGGUUCCAACCGUGCGAGCAUGAUGAGUCUUCUUCAAGUAGCCAGCCUUCCUUUGGAGACUUACCUGAAGGAGAAUGGUCUUACAAGCUUGGAAUCUGAGCAGCAAGCAAACUCAGUAUCACAUGCUCCACCACGGACCAUUAAGGGUGAGGCACAAGAUAAUAGCUGUUUCCCUUCUGCCACCGAAGAGCAUGAGAGUAGGGACGAAGAAAAUGGUGAAACUGGAUCAGAUAGAGUCGAGAACGAGAACGAGAACGAGAACGAGAACGAGAAUUAUGCAUAAUGAACUUCAUCUUCCUCUUGUUUUAUUUAUUCUUUCUAGUCCCUUUGGUGUUCUUUUUGCUUACGUUUGGCAUUAUUUUCUUUACAGGGUGCUUUUGCCUUUUUCAAUCCCCAAAUAUGUAAUAUAUAAAUCCCCAGUUUUACUCAAAGAAGACCCACAGAUAAAGAGCCGGAGAUUUUGCGAAACUAUAGAUAUUAUACGCAGCGAGCUAGUCAUUGCAAUUACAUGCGAUGACAUGUAUACACCAGUAAUUCUACCGUUUCUAGGGAAGUCUUAAGGAAAUUUUAAGCUUC